AUGAAAGCAAUCCAGCUCCCCUCUGGUCUAAUUUUCUGUGUGUCUUGGUUCCUUUAACAGUGAAUUUCAAGGUGAUUGGACCUGAUCAUCCCAUCAUGGUCUCUGCAGGUCAAGAUGCCCUGUUACCCUGUCACCUCUUCCCUAACACAAGUGCUCAGGAGAUGGAGGUGCGCUGGUACCGAUCCAAGUUCUCUGAACCUGUCCAUCUGUAUCAGAAUGAAAAAGAUCAGGCUGAGCAGCAAAUACCAAAUUAUCAGGGCAGAACAGAGCUGCUGAAGGAUGGUAUUGUGGAUGGAAGCGUUGUCCUGCGUAUACGCAACAUCACCCCCUCUGACCAUGGGCAGUUUAUCUGUUUCUUCCGAUCACACAGCUUUUAUGAGGAAGCCACUCUGGAACUGAAGGUGACAGGUCUGGGCUCUACUCCUCGCAUCUCUAUCGACAGCUACCAGAGCGGAGGGAUCCACAUGGUGUGUGAAUCUGCUGGAUGGUACCCAGAGCCCCAGGUGCAGUGGAGAGACCUCAGCAGGCAGCACUUACCAUCCCUGACAGAAAAAAUAACUCAACAUGAUAACGGCCUGUAUGCAGCACAAAUUUCCAUUAUUGUAACAAAAACUUCCAGCCAGGAUCUGUCCUGCUCUGUCAGGAACUCCCACCUCAACCCAGGGAAAGAGUCUGUGGUCUACAUUGCAGAUCCAUUCUUCCUGAGGGGCUACCCCUUUAAGGUGGCUAUGUACAUAUUCCUGGUUGUUGUGGGUUUGCUCACUUUCACAGCAAGCUACUUCUUCCGGAAGCAACACAAGGCAAAAGGAUGGAGAAAAACUCAAGUAUAUGGAGAAGUGAAGAUAACUCUGGAUCCAUGCACAGCUCAUCCUGGGCUCAAGCUGUCUGAGGACCAGAAGACUGUGACAUGGGAAUCCAAACAUCAGGAUCUGCCUGACAAUCCCGAGAGAUUUGAUGAAGUUUUCUGUGUGCUGGGUUCUGAGGGAUUCACUUCAGGGAAAAUUUACUGGGAAGUGGAGGGGAUGGGGAGAAUCUGGGCCAUAGGGGUCGCUAGAGAGUCUGUGAGGAGGAAGGGACAAAUCAAAUUUACCCCCGAGGAGGGGAUCUGGGGGAUAGAACAGUCCAGGGGUCACUACUCAGAUCUCACCACCCCUCAGGACCCCCUGCCACUGCGUCAGACACCCAAGAAGGUACGGAUCUAUGUACACUAUAAAAAGGGGCAAGUGGCAUUUUUCAACCCAGAUAAUGGUGAUCUGAUCACCAAUCUCACAGCUUCUUUCAAUGGGGAGAAAAUAUUCCCCUUUUUCUGGGUCUGUUCCCACCUCACACUAACCAGCUGAGACACUUGGAGAUCAGAUGGGUGGGUGGGUGGGCGGGGGGGGGUGUAACUUGUUCCAUUGGAGCCACAGCUCUGUCUCCAGCAUUCGCUGUGGCACUGGGGCUCUCCACUGGCCCCACAGCCACAGAAAGCAGGGAACAGCCCAUGUCUCUGCUGCUUCUCUCUAUCUCUGUGGGGCCUGCAGAGGCCCUAGGCCCAGGGAGUGAGCAAUAAUCAUGCUGGCUGUGUGGGGCAGGGAUGGUGCUAAGUAGUGGGAACUGGAGAGAGGAAAUUGGGGAGAAGGUGGGGAAUUAUUCUUAACUCUGACCCAUGCUACAAACUAUAUGCUACAAACAUACCAACAAGCUCUUUCAGUACAGAUGCAGAACCACAACAUUCUCAGCUCUGUUAUUGGCAGAGCCUCCCCGUCAGAGUCACCCACGUGCUUAGGGUGGGGUCUGGUGAUUCCUCACCAUCUCCCUCCUCUUUACUUCUGGGAUCCAGUGAUUGCUUAUCAUAUUGCAGGGACUUGAUCCCAGUCCUAAAAGAUGCUCUGUCUCAAAAAGAUGCAAAGAGGGAACCAGAUGACAUUACCGCCUCCAUGGCCAUGUCCCGAGUUAAUGCAUGCUGUAGUCAAACCAGCAAAGUUGCCAUUUGCACUGCAACCACUGAAGGGCAGAGUUUCUGCAUGCUGACUUUACACUGUUAUGCUGGAAGGUGUUAAUGACUGCCAUCGAUCACAGAUGAGGGUAAUGUCCAUGGGUGUGCUAAAUACACUUAUUUUUUAAUGGAAGGCGUAAUUAACCCCCUUUGUGGAGUAAGAUAGCUGGAAACCAUAGGAGACUGGUAACUGCCGAUAGUAAGGGGUUUAAACAUAAAUUUAAAGUUUAUGGUGGUUUCAAGGAUUCAAGGCAGGUACUCAUGAGACAAAGGAGUUUUGGUUUCUAGCGCUACUUUUCCUAGAAUCAUAGUGGAAGGGACCUCGAGAGGUCAUCUAGUCCAGUGCCCUGCACUCAAGGCAGGGCUAAGUAU